UGGAGUAUCUCUUUGACAACUUGGACGCGCAAUUUCGUAUGCUGAAUGGGCAAUUCGACGAGAUGGUGCGUCUUCUACAAAAUAGGCAGCAACUUCCACCGUUGGGAGAGCGCGACGGUUUCCACAACAUUGGCACUUCCAAUGCGAGUCUAUCCUUUCGCCUCCACCAUCUGUUGGGAUCACUUGUGUUCGAGACCCAGUUUCACCUCCGGUUGUUGAGCGCCACUGUGUUCGAAGGUUCCUCUCAUCAUUUGUUCGACGAAAUGUCGACUUGGAGGCCUCUAAUCCACCUCCACUUUCAGAAAGAUUGAAAAAAAUAUGGAAAGGAAAUCUGGCUGGAGAUUACGGAAGUGAGAGAAAGAGAGAUUUUUAAUUAAUAGAUUUUUGUAACUACCUUAAAUGUAAUUUAUUAAAAAAUUAAUUAAUAUAAUUUAUUUUUCCAUA